AUGAAGGAGAAGAAGGGAAGACGCAAAGACGCCAUCGAACGGUUUCUCGAAUCGAACCAGACGGUCGUGCUUUCCAGUCUUAACCAGCUGCGGUAUACCAUCCUAUGCGAGGGCCUUCCAAGGGAUAAAGGACUCUGUCCGUACAGAACGUAUGUUUGGUCCAUACUUCUGCGAGUCGAGCCUCUGGACGUCGACUACUACGCCAACCUGGUCGACCGCGGACCGGCGAACGUGUUUGCAAAAAUCCAAAACGACGCAUUCCGCACUUUCCAGAAAGACGAGGAGUUUAGCCGCAAAGUGUCCACCAGCGUGUUGAUGCGCAUACUCAACUCGCACGCUCUCGAAAUCGAAAGUCUCGAGCUGCACAACUCGACCGGAGCGCCCGCGUCGCCUUACGUCCAGGGAAUGAACAUACUGGCGGCACCGUUCGCGUACGUUUGCAGAAGCGAGGUCGAGGCCUUUGCUCUGUACUCGCAGCUGGUGAGCCGUUACAUUCCUACAUAUACCACGCCCAACCUGCUGGGCGUUCUCAACGGUGUUAAGCUCGUGGACAUCAUAUUACAGUUGAUCGAUCCUAAGUUGUACAAUUUUCUGAAUGCUCGAGCUUUGGGAUUUUCUGUUCAGCUACGGGGUGCAUCUGAAUAUAUUUUUCGUGGUGGCCCAGACUAUUCUGAUCAGAGACGAGCUGCUCAAGUCGGCCAAUCCAAUGCUGCUGCUGAGAGAGCUACCGCGACUGGACGCACGCAAAAUUAUCAAGCUAUCGCUCACGUUCGUGAAACAGACCCCAGACCAGCUGUAUGA